AGAGAAAACCCAAAAGAGAAAAGAAGUCCAUGACCACUGCUCCCAUGCCCAACCUCACCCUAGAGAACGAGAACGAGAACGAGAACCAGACCGACCCACAAGACCCAUCGUCUCUCGGAAGGAGCAGCUGGCACAGAGGGAGGCUACCGAGGCCGACGACGACGACCAUGAGGAUGUUGAUGGCGAUGAUGAUGCCGCCGAUGAUGAUGGAAAUGUGGGCGACCAUGGGCUCGGCCCUCGCCAGCUUCAUGUUCAUCUGGGCCAUGAUCCGGCAGUACUGCCCCUACGAGCUCCGCCGCUACUUCGAGAAGUACACCGGCCGGCUCACCUCCUGCUUCUACCCGUACAUCAAGAUCUCCAUCCACGAGUACAGCAGCGACCGGCUCCGGCGGAGCGAGGCCUACGCCGCCGUGGAGGCCUACCUGAGCAAGAACACCUCCAAGAGCGCCAAGCGGCUCAAGGCCGAGAUGGGCAAGGACAGCAACAACCUGGUCCUGACCAUGGAGGAGUCCGAGAGGGUCACCGACAAGUACAUGGGGAUCAAGGUCUGGUGGGCCUCCAGCAAGAUGACGUCGCCGCCGCCGCCGCGGUCCAUGACUUACUAUCCGGAGCAGGAGAAGAGGUUUUACCGGCUGACAUUCCAUAAGAAGCAUAGGGAGGUCAUCGCCGAGUCCUACCUGAAGCAUGUGAUCAAAGAAGGGAAGGAGAUAAGAUCAAGAAACAGGCAGAGGAAGCUGUUCACGAACUCGCCGGGUUUCAAAUGGCUGUCCAUGAAGUCCACAAUGUGGAGCCACAUCGCUUUCGAGCACCCGGCCACGUUCGACACCAUGGCCAUGGAGCCCGAGAAGAAGAGGGAGAUCAUGGAGGACUUGGUGACUUUCAGCAAAAGCAAGGAUUUUUAUGCCAGGAUUGGGAAGGCUUGGAAGAGGGGUUACCUCCUCUAUGGACCUCCCGGCACGGGCAAGUCCACCAUGAUCGCCGCCAUGGCCAAUUUCCUCCACUACGACGUGUACGACCUCGAGCUCACGGCGGUCAAGGACAACACCGACCUCCGGAAGCUGUUGAUCGAGACGACAAGCAAAUCGAUCAUCGUGAUCGAGGACAUCGACUGCUCUCUGGACCUCACGGGGCAGAGGAAGAAGAAGGGUGAGAAGCUGCCGUUGGAGGACGAGAGCAUGGACAAGCUCAACAAGGAUAUUCCCAGGAGAGACCCGUAUGAAGAUACCACCAGUAAGGUCACUCUUUCAGGGCUCUUGAACUUCAUUGAUGGGUUGUGGUCUGCUUGUGGAGGAGAGAGGCUCAUUGUCUUCACCACCAAUUAUGUGGAGAAGUUGGAUCCUGCGCUCAUAAGGAGGGGUAGGAUGGACAAGCACAUCGAGCUUUCGUAUUGCUGCUUCGAGGGGUUCAAAGUGCUGGCUAAGAAUUACCUCAGUCUCGAAACGCAUCCGAUGUUCGACAUGGUCCGCCGCUUGAUGAGCGAAGUGAACGUCACUCCUGCUGAUGUUGCUGAGAACCUCAUGCCCAAAUCCCCAACUGAUGAUGCCGAGAUAUGUCUUUCGAGGUUGAUUCAGGCCCUCGAGGAAGCAAAGGAAGCUGCUGCCGCCGCCGCCGCCGCCGCCGCAAAGAGAAGCAACGAAUCCAGAGACGAGGCUGCCAAGGAAGGCGUGAAAAGAGCUGCUGAAUCAAAAGAUGGGGCUGCCGAGGAAGACGCUGUUCGGACCAAAGACUGAUCGGGAACGAGCUCCAGCAUUUGCAGCAUGUCUUUCUGGUAAUACUGAUUACCCAGCAGCAAAAAGCCAUGGUCAUUUGUGGUCUUGUGUAGUAAUUGAUCAAAUGACUUUUUCUAUGUUCUUGAGAAAACAAGUUUUUGUCCAGGCGACAUGUUUAGGAGGAUCGAAGAUAAAAUGUUUUUCCUUUUGUCUAUGGUUUUUUUUUUCUAGAAAGCUUAUGCUGUUUACUAGAAACCCUUUUUAUGGCA